GUUUUCCAGCAUCGCUCAAGCGCGAGAUCUGCUGACGUUGACAUGACGGUGAUUCCCUACAGGGAAGACUAUCAGCAGCUUCCUUGUCUUUUUUGAGCCUUCAUGAGUUUCAGGAACGAUUCCUUAGCGGGUUUCCUCUCCAGGGACAUCAUUGACCGGGAGAUCCGGCAGAUCUGCGAACGGCACCCGGAGAUCUUGGAGGAUAACACCAUCAUCCGCAAGUCGCAGGGACGCUAUCGGAUCAAUGGCCGGGAAGUGUCCAUCAGUUUGGUGACCAGAGAGACCAAGGAGGAGGAGAACUGGGACAGCGCUCUGCCGUCCAAAUGUCCCUCCUCCAAUAUGAUCGAAAUCAUCGAGGAGGUCAAUGCCUUGGAACCCGCCAUGGGCCCAAUGGCAGCAGAUCCCAACGAUCUCAUCGUGAGGGAUGGACCACUGACCCAGCCCUUUAUGGACUAUGUCUUCGACACAGGUCAGAACGAGACCUAUGCGAUCGAGGCAUGUCACAGUGAUGGUGAUGUGACUUCCGUGCCACUGGCAUCAGACAUGAAGGGUGGGAAGCUGAAAGUGGAGCCUGGAGAUCGAUUGGAGGCCAUGAGCCUCGCCUGGAACGCGCUGGAAACGGCCGACGCACCGAACGCCGACGAAACGAAGGCCUUCGAGGCCUUCGGGGCCGACGCCGAGGCCGAAGGCUUCGGCGAGCUGCCGGAGAUGCCGCUGCCGGCGCCGUUGCCCAAAAGCUCUGAACCAGCGCAGCCGUCAGCGGGCGUUCCUUUGGUUCCUGAGAAUCUGUGGCUUGCG